ACACUCGAGGAAGUGGUGACGCUUACGCGAUGCGUAUGCUAAAACAUAAUUAAUAUAAGUUAGAGAACUCCUCUCUAGAAAUAUAUCAUAUAUAAGGUUACAUUGUUUAAAACAACAAUAACAACAACAACAACAACAACGGAACGCUUUAAUCGUGAAGGUCUCUUGAAGUGGUCGCUGUUGGUUACGUCUGUUAGCAUAUUCGCUUGAGGUUGCUACGGAAGUAGAGUGAGGAGACGCGCUGUGAAAAGCCCCGCACCCCCUGCGCUGUUUCAGUCCGGAACAGGGAGCUGCUCCAGUCUGUGUGCUGUCACUAUGGCGUGUGUCGAAACAACCUCCAGCAGGCCGUACCAUCUGGUUAUCUUCGGAGCCUCUGGCUUCACCGGACAGUUUGUGGUGGAGGAGGUGGCCCGGACUGUUUCCGAGGGUCCGAAGGGCCACCUGAAGUGGGCAGUGGCUGGCAGGAGUCGGCAGAAGCUGGAAAAAGUUCUGGAGCAGGCCGCCGGAGUCCUCAGUAAGCCUGAGCUGAGGUCAGAAGUGGACAUCAUCGUGGCAGAUGUAGGAGAACCGGACUCCCUGGCCGCCAUGUGCAAACAGGCUGUGAUUGUUCUCAACUGUGUGGGGCCUUACAGGUUCUACGGUGAGCCAGUGGUCAAAGCCUGUGUGGAGAAUGGAGCCCACCAUAUGGACAUCAGUGGAGAGCCUCAGUUCCUGGAGGGCAUGCAGUUGAACUACAGCAGCCAGGCAGCUGACAAAGGCGUGUACAUCAUCGGGAGCUGUGGAUUCGACUCCAUACCUGCGGACAUGGGAGUCCUCUACACCAGGGACCAGUUCAAGGGUACACUGACUGCAGUGGAGAGCUUCCUGACUGUCAGCGCAGGAUCUGAAGGUGGAUGUAUCCAUGAUGGCACAUGGCAGUCAGCCGUGUAUGGUUUUGCCGACAGCCAGAAGCUCCAGAGUCUCAGGAGGAAGUUUAAUCACAAACCUCUCCCUACCGUUGGCUCUAAGCUUAAACGCAGGGGAGCAUUGUUCUUCAGUAAUGAGAUCCAGCAGUAUACAGUUCCCUUCAUGGGCUCUGAUCCCUCUGUUGUGAAGAGAAGUCAACGCUUCCUGGCGGAGGAAUAUCAGUCCACACCGGUUCAGUAUGGAGCGUAUGCAGGAAUAGGAGGUAUUGGGAACAUUAUCAAGAUGAUGUUUGCUGGCAUGAUGUUCUGGUUCUUGGUAAAGUUCAGUUUUGGACGCAACCUGCUCAUCAAGCACCCAGAGUUCUUCUCUUUUGGACUCUUCUCCAAGGCUGGACCAAGCAGAAAGCAGAUGGAGGGCUCAUCCUUCCAGUUUGCCUUCUAUGGAGAAGGCUACACAGAGGGACAGGACCCCUCCCAGGGAAAACCUAACAGCAAGAUUCGCACACUGGUUCAGGGACCAGAGUGUGGAUAUGUGGCUACACCGAUAGCCAUAGUACAAGGUGCUCUAACAUUCCUCAACGAGCCCACAGCCUUGCCAAAGACGGGAGGAGUGUACACUCCAGGAGCUGCUUUUGCAAAAACCACACUAAUCGACCGCCUCAACAAACAUGGCAUCCAGUUCUCUGUCAUCUAAAGCUUGUCCCACCUCUCUGAUGUCGCUACUCCAGGUUUUUCUCAGCACUAACAUGCAUAAUAUCAACUAGGAAGUUUCCAACUUUAGAAGAGAGCUAUUUCAUCAUGAGAGCCUCGACAAGAGAUGAAGUUCACUUUCAGAUUUCAUUUUUGAUGGUACUUCCUGCAUUUAUCCCUUUUCAUUUGGUCAGAAACUUCCCAGUCUCCCUUUGGCUUGACUGCACUAUUAAUGCUCUGCUUGUAAGACAAAUAGCACAACUGCAGCAGUGUUUCCUAGCCAAGGACAGUACAAGGAACAGUUGUGUGUAAAAAGGGUCUAACAUGGCCCACCACUAACAUGAUUAUUGCUGACCAAGGAAGAAUUUUGGCCAGGAUUUGGUUCACAUCAUGUUUUUCAUUAAAGAAAGACAUUAAAGGAAAAACAUAUUAAAUUGUAAUUUAUAGCUGUACCUAAUUGAAUAGAAAUAUUUGGACUGUUCUAAGGGUAAAUAUACUCUCAGCUGCAACAACAGGUAACAAACAGUAACUUUAAAUGUAGAAGGACAUUGCUAACUAAGUAGCACUAACAUUGUAGCUGUGUGUGUGUGUUUGUGUGUGUGUCUGGUUCGGUAAAACCGUAAACAGAAUAGAAACCUGCUUUGUGCGUGUGUAUGUGCACGUAAAUGUUUGACUUUCCUGGCCUGGCAGCUAAAAAUCCUGAUUGCUUUGUUUUUGACAGUUUAAAUAGUUGGACUAUCACUAAAUCAUUCUACUCUCUUGAAUCUUUUGAAUGUUGCAGCAAUUCAUUUAUCCACGUUUGCUUUCAAGCCUCGUCAGAAAAUGCAUAAAGUUGUUUGUGCACAGAAGAGCAUGAGUUACUGUAUGAAACUGAACAGAUCUGUUAGUUAAUAAGUGUAUGAAAAGUUUGAGUUUAAAAAAAAAAAAAAAAAAAAUCUAAAUUGUUUUUGGUUUUUUUCGCUCUUGCGGACUGGAAUAGUUUCAUUCAGUGAUGUUGAGCUUGUUUUACACAUUUGAGAGGUUGAGCAUUAUGUGCACUUGAUGAGAUAUGUUUUGGGGUUUUGUUUUGGUGUGCUUUGCUUUGUGUGGGCCUCCAUAAAUAAAGUCCUGCUGAUAAAAAUA